AUGGAUGAAGAGAAGGAAAAGGUCAGGGCGGAAUGUGGAGAGCCCGCAGGCAUGGAGGAUAAGAUGAAGAAGAUGCUUCGGCUGAACGAGCUGCGCGAAAAGUGGUCAGAUCAAGUCUUCCAAGACAACCCCAACUCCGUGAACUCCUUCAUGAUCACCACGGACUCCAACAGCGAGCCAGCCAUUGAGAUCGGGGUGGACCCUUCAGCGAGCAAGGAUGACCUCGUGAUACCUGCUGAGAUUUCGGCAGAGAAUGUGAUCUUCAGCACUGUGGGGAAGCCCACGCAUGGAUUUGAGGGCGCAUUGAUCGGUGACUCACUGGGUAGUGAUGACGAGUCAGGAGCAUAA